CCAUUUUGCAAUGUGGGAGAGUGAGAGAGGCCACUUUUUAUGGCUGAGGAAUAAAACUACACUUUUUAUAUACGCCGAGGACACAAAGAGCAGCCGAGCUUUUUACUGCCAGCCAUGGAGGAGGUCAGCAGUGUUGCUGUCCUCAUCUCGCAGUCGUCCUCGCCGACGCCGUCAGCGCUGCGACCUCAGAGCCUCAGCCCCCCGUCCGCAGGAGACGAGCCCUCGCACAGCUCCCAGCAGCGGCAGGCCAGCGACUCUCUGGUCCAGGUCAUCGAGAAGCUCAGCAAGAUCGUGGAGAAGCGGCCUCAGCGCCGCUGCGCCUUCCUGGGCCAGAAGAGAGGCGGCGAGGAGGAGUCCCGGAGCGGCGGCCAAGCAUCUCCCAGUAAGAGGGUCAAGAGGAGCUGUAGGGACGCCGACGGCGCUCUGUCCCCGCCGGUAUCGGGUGACAGUAACAACAACAGCAUCCCGCCCUCGGUGACGGAGGUGGCGGGCAGCCCCGACCCCCGGCGCACGGUGACGUGCUACCAGUGCAGCCUCUGCCCGUACCUGUCCCAGACGCUGCCGCUGCUGCGGGAGCACCUGAAGCAGCACAACGAGCAGCACAGCGACCUGAUCCUCAUGUGCUCCGAGUGCCACUUCACCUCCAGGGACCACCGGCAGCUGGAGGCUCACGUCCGCCUGCACUUCGACAACGGCGGCCCGGACUCUUUAAAGAAGCGGGACGGGGAAUGGACGGGCUACCACUGCGCUUUAGGGGCCGAGGAGAUCAAAACCUCCGCGGACUCCCUGAAGGAGCUGCCGCAGAAGAAGAAGUGGUACAGCUACGAGGAGUACGGUCUGUACCGCUGCCUGAUCUGCAGCUACGUGUGCAGCCAGCAGAGGAUGCUCAAGACCCACGCCUGGAAGCACGCCGGCCUCGUCGACUGCUCCUACCCCAUCUUCGAGGACGAAGACGAGGGUUUCCCGAAGAAGGACGCAGGAGCAGCUGUCAACAGCUCCGCCGGCAGAGAGGAGAUAGUUGUUCUCUCCCCGGUUCUUCAAGAGAAGAACCUGCAAAAGCUCCCCGCCGCCUUCAAGCUGCAGCUCUGUGUGCCUGUGACCGUCGACGACAAACCGGAUGCCUUGAAUCUUCACGUUUCCGACCUGAGCCAAAGUCCAAAAGCAGCAGCCGAAGAAGAGGAGGAGCACGCCUACCCCAUCAAAGACCUGGCCUCCGAGGAGCCCGUGGUGGAGGUGCAGGUGAAGACAGAGGCCGAGGCCGAGGUGGAGGCGGAGGGGGACGACAGCUUACUGUCGUCGGCUCAGAAGAUCAUCAACAGCAGCCCCAACAGCGCCGGACACAUCAACGUCAUCGUGGAGCGCCUUCCGUCAGCCGAGGAUUCAGUCAUGACCACCAACCCUCUUCUGCUCACGCAGGAGGAGGACCGGGAGGAGGGCUUGAUGGGCGUGAAGAAGGACGACGCCAAAGAGGAGCGCGCUUCUGCCGAGAGCCAGAUGUCAGGAGCCGACGUGAAGUCAUCAAAGACCAGCGAUUCGUCAAGCGAUGAGAACGUUCCCCCGGCCGGUCGGAAGAGGACGCACUCCGAGUCUCUCCGGCUUCACUCGCUGGCCGCCGAGGCCCUGGUCGCCAUGCCGAUGAGGACGACAGAGCUGCCCACCACCAGCUCCAAGGCCAGCGUGAAGAGCAUCACCGCGCAGGCGCAGAGCCAGAAGAUGUCCGAGGCGGGGGCACCGGCUGCCUUCCUGGACCUGGAGCUGCCCGCCGACGACAGGGAGGAGGAUCUGGGACCCCUAGGAUACGUGGAGGGCGACGAGGAAAGCCCCGCCGUCAAGGCGGGCAUCAGCCUGUCUCUGCUCACCGUCAUCGAACGGCUCCGAGAGCGCUCGGACCAGAACGCCUCGGACGAAGACAUCCUGAAGGAGCUCCAGGACAACGCCCAGUUCCACAACGGCGCCGUGGCCGGAGUGGUGGCGGGGGCCGGGGGCGGGGCCUACGUGGAGGGGCUGGUGGGCCCGGCGGAGAGCGGGCUGGUGGAUUACAUCCCCGGCAGCGAGAGGCCGUACCGCUGCCGGCUCUGUCGCUACAGCAGCGGCAACAAGGGCUACAUCAAGCAGCACCUCCGGGUGCACAAGCAGCGGGAGCCGUACCAGUGUCCCAUCUGCGAGCACAUCGCCGCCGACAGCAAGGACCUGGAGAACCACAUGAUCCACCACUGCAAGAGCCGCAUGUACCAGUGCAAGCAGUGUCCGCUCGCCUUCCACUACAAGAGUCAGUUAAGGAGCCACGAAAGAGAGCAGCACAGCGGCGUCAGCGACUCGACGGCGCUCCCAGCCGUCACUGAAACCGUGACCAUUGUGGAGGACAGCGAGCAGAUCACAGAAUGCAGCACACAAAAAGUCUACAAGUGCGACGUGUGCAGCUACACCAGCUCCACCUACGUCGGCGUGAGGAACCACCGCAGGAUCCACAACUCGGACAAGCCUUACCGGUGCUGCAGCUGCGACUUCGCCACCACCAACAUGAACAGCUUGAAGAGCCACAUGAGGAGGCACCCGCAGGAGCACCAGGCCGUGCAGCUGCUGGAGCAGUACAGGUGCUCCCUCUGCGGCUACGUGUGCAGCCACCCCCCCUCGCUCAAAUCCCACAUGUGGAAGCACGCCGGGGACCAGAACUACAACUACGAGCAGGUGAACCGAGCCAUCAACGAGGCCAUCUCCCAGAGCAGCCGAGCUUCCCAGAAGCCGCCGGCGGUGCUGGACCCAGCCGCCGAGCGCCCGGCGGCCCCCCGCUCGGAGGACAGACCCGGGGAUCCGGUGGAGGAGCCGCUCUCUCCCACCAAACCUGGGCCGCCGGGCGACGGCUCCUCCGGCGUCACCCCAGACCCCCCGCAGUGGUCGGCCGAGUCCCCGACCCCCCAGGAGAAAGACGGCGCCCCGCCACCGCCGCAGAGCCACCCCCACGGCGCCCCGCUGGCGGCCCCCGGGCCCGGCAUGGAGUACUGCGUCCUCCUGUUCUGCUGCUGCAUCUGCGGCCUGGAGUUCACCAGCAAGGAGCGGCUGAUGGAGCACAUGAAGGAGCACGAGGGAGACAUCAUCAGCAUCAUCCUGAGCCGCGAGCAGCAGGCGCAGACCGCGGAGUGACGGGGGCUGACGGGGGCUGACGGGGGACGCCUCCGUGUCGUGCUCGCCGAGGGAAGGCGACUCGGGUUGCACAGUUCAGAGAAUUUUUCAAAGUUGGGAUCUUUCCAUGGGAACAAACCAAAACAUUUAAAUAUAUAGUUGGGAAAUAUAUUUUAGCAUAAUUCCUGAUUGAAACAACCUUUUUUUUACAUUUCAUGUGAAAACAGCUGAAUACGUGUGCAGUCCUCCACCACAUGCACUGAUGGCUUCUGCAGUCCUGGACCGCAGCAGACGACUGAAUCCUGUCAGCUACACAGCGACAUCAGUUUCAGUGACAUGAAGUAUUACUAAUGUUAAACCUAAAAAAUAUCACAUACACAUGUUCGGGGUGUUGAAUUUCAUCGUUUCUGUGAUGCAUCACCAUGCAGACGUGGAAAAUUCUGCAUUGAUGCAGCUUCAAAAUGAUCAAUUUUAAUGAAUAUUUCCACAAUUUUACCAAAAAAAAAAAAAAGUUCCCAUGGAAUUUCACCAGAAACUUUCCUCCCCUUUGCAACCCUG